GAGUCUGCUUUUAACAGCCCAACAGGAAGGUUCUGAACGUCCGUUAAGAAAUACGGUGUGAAAUUUGUGUUUUAUUUUACCCAACCAGAAAAAAAAUCGAAAACGAAAGCUUUUUUGAAAAAUUUGAAAAAAAAAAACGAAAAGAAUUUCCAAACAUUUGUUUUAAAAUCAAAAAAAUAUUUACAACGCGUUACAGAGAUUUUCUGCGUGCGUAUUAGUUUUUUUGUUGUUUUCCCCCCAUUUGGAGUGCAAGUUUGUGUAACGGUCGUCAUAACCUAUAACCACAACUAUUUUUUUUUUUAUUUUUUUUGGAAAAAAUUUGUUAAUUCAUUCAAAAAAAAGUUCGAGUUGUUUCUUUUGACGGUUAUUUGCUCAAUCUGUUAAUACCAUCCGACCCAAAAAAAAAAUAAAAUUUUCAACAUCAUCGAAAUCGAUACCAGCAGCAACAGUCGGUCGGUCGGUCGCAACAUCAUUAAAAUUUCGAAUGAAAUCAAUUGAUCAGCGCAACACUACAGAGUGGAUAAACAUACAUACCUACAUACAAACACACGUAAAAAAUUUACAAAAAUAAAAACAAAAAUCAUCAUCACCAGAAAAAAAAACAUACUUCGAUUUGCUUGUCAAUAAUUGAAAAAAAUAAUCCAAUUAUAGUGUGAUUUUUUUUUAUUCGUUCAAAUUAUUUAUUUUUUUGUGGUAAAAAAUAAACAAAACGCCCCAAAAUAUCAAUCAGAAGUACAAAUUCUUACGACAUCUGAAGUGAAUUAAUUGGUGAUACCCCGAUACGUUUUUUUGCUGUUGUUUUGUUUUGCUGCCAUUGUGGAAAAAUUAUUGAACGCGGAUUGCAAAGGAUUAACUUUGUGUGCAAAGAAAAGAACAAGGAAACGGAGAUUUUUGAAGAUUGGAUUCAACAAAACUGCCCUUGAAAUUUAUUAAAUAAAGAUUAUCACAAUUUGGUUUUUGGUGGGCGAGCAGCAUCAACAUAUUUCCGAAAACCCAAAAAUAAAAUUAAAACAGCACCCAAAAUAAAUACCACGAAGAGGAUUUACGCCAACAUUAACAGCAACAAAUAAAAAUUAUAACAACAACAGUUCUGUGUCGACAAGGAGAACGACGGAAAACGCAACACGCCACACCAGCACCACAACGCUACCCACAAAUAUUCAAACAUGAUUAAUGAUAUGACCACACUACAAACAGACCUUAAAUUCGACACUCACAUAAAAAAGGAUUAUGCGACAAAUAUGAAAUUUUUCAACAACAACAAUAAUAACAACAACAACAGCAUCAACAGCGAAAAUUUAUCCAUGAAGCAGUUGGCCGCCGCAGCACCGCUACAAUUUCCCAAUGUUGAAAUUACCAAUAACAUUAUGGACAUUAUGGAGGAAUCACCCAUGCAAAUGUUCUACAAGGACAAGGGGGUAUUCCUGACAGGCGGCACCGGCUUCUUUGGUAAAAUUAUAAUUGAAAAAUUAUUACGCGUUACCGAUGUGGGACAAAUUUUCCUGCUGAUCCGUACCAAAAAGGGUAAAGACGUACAGACACGUCUCGAUGACAUCUUCAAUGAACCGGUCUUUGAAAAACUCAAGAAAAUCACACCAAACUAUCGCGAAAAAAUCACCGUCAUUAGUGGUGAUGUCUCUCUCCCCGCUCUGGGUAUCUCCCACGAAGAUCGUGAGUUGCUCAAGGAACAGGUGAACAUAAUUAUUCAUGGUGCUGCCACAGUGCGAUUUGAUGAGAAGCUAAAAAUGGCCAUUGGCAUCAAUGUGAAUGGCACCAAGGAAAUUUUGCGUUUGGCCAAGGAGGUGGUACAUCUCAAGGCGGUGGUUCAUGUCUCUACGGCCUUUGCCCAUUGUAAUCGUAAACACAUUCAGGAGAGAUUCUACAAUUGUACCUUGUCGGGUGAUAAGGCUUUGCAGCUGAGCGAGUGCCUGGAUGAGCAGACAUUGAAUACGCUGACACCGACCAUUGUAAAGGACUUCCCGAAUACCUAUGCUUUUACCAAGGUCUUGGCUGAGGAUAUCAUACAGAAUUAUGGACAGAAUUUGCCAGUUACCAUAUUCCGUCCAGGCAUAGUUGUCACCACCUAUCGCGAACCCGUCUCCGGCUGGAUCGACAACAUGUAUGGACCCUGUGGCAUUAUUGUGGGCGUAGGUUCGGGUGUCAUGCGCAUUUUCAGCGGCAAGGUGCAGAAUAAGGCCAACAUGGUCCCGGUGGAUUUGUGUGUAAAUGCCCUGUUGACCAGUGCCUGGGAUAUAGCCAGAAAUACUUACGACACCCCACCAAUCUACAAUUACAUACCCGACCCGGAUAACAUUGCCAGCUGGCGCGAAUUCAUGGAAUAUGCCAUUGAAUAUGGACGCAAGUUGCCGUUGCGCAAAUCCAUUUGGUAUCCUUGCUUCACCAUUGUCAGCUCCAAAUGGCAAUUCGCCCUGCUGUCAUUCUUGUAUCACACCUUACCCGCCCUGUUUAUGGAUAUGUUAAUGUUGGUUAUUGGCAAGAAACCCAGAAUGAUGAAAAUGUAUCGCAAAAUCCACAAAUUUUGCGCUGUGAUGGAAUAUUUCUCAUCGAAUGAAUUCAUAUUCGAAAACAACAAUGUGCGAGCACUCUGGGACAAAUUGGAUGCGAAGGAUAAACGUUUGUUUGCCUUCGAUAUGCGGUCCGUCGAUUGGACUGAACUGUUUCGCAUUAGCUUGUGGGGCCUGCGAUCCUAUGUGGUGAAGGAUGAACCCAGUACUGUGGCCGAAUCGGUGAAGCGACAUGAACGUUUGAAAAUUCUGCACUACACCACAUUGUUUGUGAUUUAUUCGCUGACAUUUUUCAUUCUCUAUCAAUUAUUCAAAUUUGUCUUUUUCUAAAAAGGACAAGCAGCAGCAACAACAACACCGACGACAAUAGCACGCCAACAAAAAAACGGAAAUGUAAAUGCGCGUAUUUCCGGCUAUACUUUGCUGUAUGGGAGGUGGAGGUGGUUGGCUGUGCAGAGUAAGGAUUCCAUGCAGCCGUCUCCUCCCUCUGCCGCUUACUUGUAGUAUCUAAUAAUAAUAAUAAUAGUAGUUUGUAAGUGUGUAUGUUUUCCCCGUCUGCUUUUCUUCCUGUUUUCAUUAUUUUAUAUAUAAAUAUAUUUACUCAUUUUCACACCCCCUCCUUACCUCCCCCAUCUUCCCUGCCACAUGCACCAAAAUCACGUUGCUCCUGUUUUUUUUUUGUAUAUUUUUCUUAUUUAUAUGGAAAUUUAUUAGUCCUCUUACUUCUUCUUUGUUUCCUUCCUUCCCCCACAUUUUUGUUAUUUACUUCCUAGCUUCCUAACUUCCUUCCUAUUUUCCUUAUUGCAUUGCUAUUUUAGUUUUUAUUAUUACAAAAAAAAAGAGAAAUUUCGUUUUUAUUGUUUUUUAUUUUCUCGUUAGUAUUCUUUAUAAUUUUUUGUAUUUUUUCCCUCCCUCCUUCUCCCUCUCCCUGUUUUCUUUGUGUAAUUUUAUUUUUAUUAUUACGAUUUUUAUUUUAUGUUUCAAUGUGAAAUUUAAUUUUAUUAGUAUUUUUUUAUUAUUGUUUUACUUAGUUUGUAGACGAAACAAUGUAAAAAAACGAAACAAAAACAAAAUUUAUUUUGUUGUUUACUAAUUUUUAAAUUAUGUCCAUGUAGUUGUAAUGGGUUUUUAUGGUCGAAUCCAAAAACGAAUAAAAUUUAUUAUUAAUUAAUUAAA